AUGGCCACUACUAUUGGAACGCUACGCCAACCAGUUUCCCGAUGGUGUUUUUUCUUUGAUUUCGAAGGAAUUAGACCACGAAUUCCGAAAAAGCACAUAUUUUUUGAAGAUUCUUUCGACUUCCUACGUAGAACAGAAUUCCAGCUGAUUUUCAACAAACGUAGUCUAUUAUUUGGCUCGAGAAAGAGAAGGAUCAUACAUGCACUCAUAGCCUACUUCCUUCACGAAAAGCCUCAACUACACACUUCGCUCUAUUCGACAUAA